AUAAAAUUUUUUUAUAGGAUGGAAGAACCCUUUGUUGUGAAGGAGAAGGAACCCAGUCUUACUCUGCCGGAGAUACAUCUGCCUGAACCUGAUCUAGAGGAGGCGGAGGCGGAGGGGCCGGAGGAAUGGGAGGCGGACGGCGAUGGAGGAACCCGUCGUGUUAAACUCAUCCGCAGCCAUGCUAUCCGGGACUCCGUCUCACCUCCGCCACCAGGACGGGUUUCCCCACAUUCUCCGCCGAGGUUCAAUUCGGCGGGUGAGGGGGGCGGAAGUGGUAGCGAUCUUAGAUCAAUAGUUUCAGGUAGCGAUGGGGUAUGUGAGGGUGGAUUGGCAGAACUAGGGGACUCUGUAUCUGAGAGUGGAAGGUUGGAUACAGAUACUCCAGAUGAGAACUUGUACACAGAUAGUACAGGGAUAGAUCUUACUCAGUUCAUCAUCUCAACCCUCAACAAGAACACUAAGGACAGGAUGCUCAUGCUCAAACUAGAGACGGAUAUGACAGCUCUUGUCAAGGAUCCUAAAAAAGGACAUCAAAAAUUUCCCCAAAUGUCGUCUUACCACAGAAUGCUUGUUCACAGAGUUGCCGCGUAUUUCGGAUUAGAUCACAACGUGGACCAGACCGGAAACUGUGUAAUAGUAAAUAAAACGAAGACGACAAGACUCCCGGAUAUGAAAUUUAGAGAUCAUGUUCCAGAGGAUGCUGUUCUCUCAACUUCAGAACCAAGAAGAUUGAUCUUAAAGCGUGAAAGUUGCAGCUGUGACAGUGGUGACAGACACAGCGACAACAGCAGUAGAAGGAGUAAAAGCAUAGAAGAACGUGAGGAGGAUUAUGAACGGGCAAAGCGACGAAUAUUCAAUGACUCGUCCCGGGACCAUUAUGUUCAAUCUUAUAAAUAUUCUGUUAAUCUAGGAAGUACCAAAGGUGCCAUACAAGCUCGAUCUUUCGAUAUCCGGGACUCAAUUCGAGAUUCAUCGGACAGACCUCAGGUCUCUAAAUCCUUUAGUUUUGGUGGAUACCCUGCUGCACAGCAUCUAGAACCUUCUAGAUCUGGAUACAAGGCGACUCCGCCCACUUUAAGCAAAGGCCAGGUUGUUUGGGCAGUCAGUGAUCUGUGCACUGUACCGAAGGGAUCUGUUCUAAUAAACCCUGAUACUGGUACACCGUACCUUAACAGUGAUGGAUCUGUGUAUGCAUUUGAUCCUGGCAAUCCUCCACGUUUCCCUGGAUCCGAGGAUCCCUCCUCCUCCCCUCAUCAUCUACACCAUGAGCUGGCCAAGCUGAACCUGGAGGGAGAGAAGAUGGUUUAUCAGCAGAGUUGGAUGAUUUCUCCCCGCUCCUCUGCUCCGUAUAUACUAGUCAAUCCUGUAUCCACGCUACCCCAGUACCUACCCUACCUGUAUCCUUCUUUUCAGGAGAAUCCUGGAUCAGAUCUCAACCUAGCUCAGCAUAAUCUACAGUCUUCUCAUCUAGCUGGACCUGGAGUACUAGGUCCUGGACCCUCUCAACCCCCUCCGCAUCCAACCCAACCUAUUCCUGUGAUGAACCCGAACCAGGUUCUGGGAGGCGUGGUUCAAUCCUCUCUGCCCGGACUGGGCGGAGCAGGACCGCCCCCUUUACCUCUCAGCAACCACAUUCCACAGAACGGUCUGGUCCAGGCCGUACAACAGGGUCAGUAUCAGUAUCCAGGUGGUCAACUAGUCAGUUCCCCUCCUGUAGGACAGAAACCAUUCCUCUUCUCUAUACAUAGAUCCCCUCAACAUUCAGUAGUAAUAUUCCUUCAACAUUGUCCUGCAGUACUAUCCAGGUUGCAACUGGUAGGAAUGUUAGAUCCCUUUUUGUCUGGUCGUGGACAAAUUCAAUACCUGGAUCCAUCCAGUCAAUGGACGGAUAUACAAUCCCUAGCUCCUGAUACUCUUCUUACUAAUAGAUAUCCGAUACAGAUAGUUUUCGACUCCGAGGAUCUAGCUUCCCAGACAAUAUCAUCCCUCAAGAAAGCAGGAUUUCUUAUGGAACCUCAAGACUAAUCUUAGCUCAGCUCAGAUCAAGACUAAUUCAAGAUCAUCUCAGAAUAAAUCCAAGCUUAGAUUAAUUAAAAAUCAGAUUAGGAUUAAUUUCAGAUAGAAGAUCAAAACCUUUUGUGUUAAUAAUCAAUCACAAGUCAUCCGAUUCUUUUUCUUCGUCCGAAGGAUAAAAUUAAUUUCUCUCGGAGUUUUCGAAACCCAGCAAUGAUAACUAAAAUUGAGUGAUCAAGUUGCAUAUCGAGGUCAAGCGUUGUUGAUUAGCGCACACAAAAGUUUUGACCUAAGGACUAAUCUGAGAUCAACUAAGAUUAAAAUAAUCUCAGCUUAGAUCAUGACAAGUAUUAAGUGGAUCCCAAACUCCUUGGCCAGAUCUCUCAUUAGAAAAUCUAAUCUCUUGAACGGAAAUGCAUUGGGCAGCUCUAUAAAUAAUGAUGAUUUCCACCCUCUAAGCCUAGCCUGGCUCUACGGAGCUAGUUUUAUCAAUAUAGACAUAGUUUUCUUGAGCUAAUCCAUAGAUUUACGAGCUAACAAUCUAGAAUUUAAUCCCAGUGAUAAAUUUACAUAAACUUCCCUCUCCCAAAAAAACCGUUAACCUAAAUAAACCCAAAAAUAUCUGUAAAAGAAUGUUAAUUAAUAAUUAAAUUAUAUUCAUAUUUCUAAACCGGUUUAGGUAAAACAGAAAUUGUACAAAAAUCCUGUUACUAUUUUCAACGAAAAUUACAUUAGAAAACUUAAUGGGUCGAUUUUUUUGAUGAGGAACCGAGUUCUUGCCACAAACUCAGAUUGUUGUAGACCUUUGAUGCAGGGGUGUAUAAAAUUCCAAUUUUUUAUU